GCGAGACGAUUAAUAUUUUGGAGGGAAAAUUCUCUGAAAUCCGGUAAAAAAAAUCUGCCCUCAGCUGUCUUCAGUCUAUUUCAAUCCUCAGCAAGUUCACUCCAUUCCCAUUCCCCAGUUUGAAGUCCCAACUGUAAACAAACGGUACAAAUCCCUAUUAUUUAAAUAAAUAAAAAAACAGUGCGUGUUCCAAUCCUCGUGGCGUGCCCAAACCGUCACCAAUUGACAUUUUUAAUUAAUUUAUUAAUUCCCCUUACUAAUAAUUAAUUCAUUGCCUGCACAUCACGUAUUUUUUUUAAAUCAACAAGCAGAAAAAAACGGUUGACCGGUGCCUGCAGGUUAUCCUCACGUGUCUAGUAAUAAAUAACCGAGGAUUAAUAAACAAAUAAAAAACAGAAGUUACGAGAAUUAAUAACAAAGUGGUGAAUGUUCUAGACUAGAUGAUUAUUUCAAUUUUCAAUAAUUCCCCCGAGCAAUGUCGAAUCAGUCAGUGAAGAGUUUCAGUGGUGCCAUUUUUUCGACGUAUCCCAAUUUCGAUGAGAAAAAAACAGUGAAAAUAUCGCCACAAUCUCGAAAAAAUGACGAUGAAAAAUCUGCGAGUCAUAAAGAAAGCAGUAAAAAAUGCCAGAAGAGGUACUUCGAUCUUGCCGAGGACCUGGAGACACCCCCCAGGUGCCCGAAACCCCGUAACUCCUCGGAGAAGACCCCUACGUUCUUCUGCACGUCGAAUCGCCCUCAUCAGUCAACGCCAUUCAGAACUCCAGUUAGAAAAUUCUUCUCAGAUUCUAUUGGACAGUCGACCCCUGAGUGUUUCGGUCCUGUUCACCUGGAGACACCACGUGGAAAGAAGAGAGAUGAUCCCCUGGAGGAGAUGACAAUGUGCGAGGGAGAGACCAGUAAUUUGACUGUUGGGGUGAGGGUAAGACCCAUGAGUCUUCGUGAGCUCAAGGAUCCGGAGGCUAGACCUGUCGUUCAGGCUAGGGGAGCAGCUGUUUUUGUCGAGUCUGACAGCUGUCAGCACAGCUUUACGUACGACCACUGCUUCAAGUCAUCUGGGGAUGAUCAGGAGAGGAUAUUCCAGGGGAUGGUGUUGCCUCUGGUGGAGAGUGCCUUCGAAGGGUACAAUGUGUGUCUUUUUGCUUAUGGACAGACUGGAUCUGGUAAGAGUUACAGUAUGAUGGGGUCUGAGGUGCAUCUUACCUCGUCCUCUCUUCCUCAGGGUGCUGGCAUCAUCCCCAGGUUCUGCCACGAGAUAUUCUCCAGGGCUGAUAAUGAGAAUCUCCUGACGAGUGUCGAGAUCAGCUACUUCGAGAUCUACAACGAGAAGAUUCACGAUCUCCUCAGCAACUCGAGCACUGGAAGAAAGAGGACUCCUCUGAAGGUCAGGGAGCACCCCGUGUUCGGUCCAUAUGUCGUCGACCUCAGUCAACACCUAGUGCAGAGCUAUGAGGAUCUCCAGGUGUGGCUGAAGGUUGGCAGCUCCCAGAAGGCAACUGCUGCCACUGAGAUGAACGAGAAGAGCUCGAGGUCACACAGUAUUUUCAGUGUUGUCCUGACCCAGACGCAGAAGGGAAGUCCUCCAGGAUCGACCGGGGAACCGAGCAGAAGGAGUAAAAUCAAUCUGGUUGACCUUGCUGGCAGCGAGAGACUCAGCCAGACGUGCGCCAGUGGAGAACGACUCAGGGAGGGAGUUUCUAUCAAUAAAUCUUUAUUAACCUUGGGAAAAGUAAUUGCAUCACUCGCUGAAAGCACCAGCAACCGAAAACGAGGAUUUGUGCCUUAUCGAGAGUCAAUCCUCACAUGGCUGUUAAAGGAAAGCCUCGGAGGAAAUUCUAAGACUGCGAUGCUAGCAACAGUUGCACCAAGUAGUUUGCACCUGGAGGAGACACUGGCGACCUUGAGAUACGCCUGUCAAGCUAGAUCGAUAGUUAAUCGUGUGCGAAUCAACGAGGAUCCGCACGAUAAAUUGAUAAGAGAGUUGAAGGCUGAAGUUUUGAGACUGCGAGGAGUCCGGGAGAAUUACGAGAAGCAGGUGGGGCCCAGGGUGAGGAGAGAUGUGGGGCAGAGUGACCAGGAGAUGAUGGACAAGGAGAGGGAGAUCGAGAGACUGAGGAAGCAGCUCAGGCAGACUGAGGAGCAGCUGAAAUUGUCGCAGAAAUCGUGGUCAGAGAAAUUGGAGGAAGCAGAACAGCGAAAGGACGUGGAACUGAAUAUUCUUCGACGUUGUGGAAUAGCUGUGGAGAUUGAUUUCCCGGAGAAUAUAAAAUCCCCAUGUCUCGUUCACUUGGCUCCGGAUCCGAUCCUCUCCGGUACUCUCCUGUAUUUAAUUCCCCAGGGGUCAGUCUCGAUAGGAAGAAACACCCAGGGGACGAGCAGAUCCUCUGUCUCUCCAGAUAUUCUCCUCAGUGGACCUCUCGUCUCGCCCCUCCAUUGUACAAUUGAGAACAAUGACGGUCAGUUGACAUUGAGACCUGAAGAGAACAGCGAUACCUACGUAAAUGGACAGAUCGUACGUAACGAGAUAUCACUGAAACAUGGAGAUCGUCUAGUGGUCGGAGGUAAUCACUACUUCAAGGUGUGCAAUCCAGGGGAUAUCAGUGUACAGAGCAAUUCGCAAUCUGUUGAUUACGAAUUCGCACAUCAAGAAAUCCUCACGAUACAAGAAGACAAACUGCGAAAGGAACUGGAGGAGUCGAAGCAGAAGGCGAUAAAGGAACUGGAAAAUGCGAAACGGGAGAUAGAGCUUCAAUUGGGAUCUCAAAAACUCAAUUACGAAAUGGAAAUCAAGUCUCUGGGGUCGACGUUGGAGCAGCAGAAAAAGGCACUGGUGGAGGUAACGAGGAUGAAGCGAGAGCUGGAGAUCGAGAAGGAGAUGCUUACACGUGAGAUUGAGAGGAACUCCAGUGAAAAAAUGCCAGAUGCCUCUCGGGUAUCCCCGUAUCGAUCAAAUUUCCUCGAUGAAUUGGAGAAGGUUCUCACUGAAACCAGUCAUCAUCCUCAGGAACACGACACCAGGGAUAGAAUCACUUUGCACGAGAUGCAGCUCCUCGUCAGGGAGGCCAAGGAGAGGUCUCGUGACAUUGGCCUCAAUUACGAAUUCGUCCAGCAAAAAUUAAUAACUGAUAACGGCCUGCGUUCGAUGAUUCGCGUGAGAGACAAACUAAAAAGACUGGAGUCAUUCUGGGAGCCCCUCCAAUUCCUGGAGUGGAUGGAACAUCUCCGAGAGAAUGACGAGAACCUGACAGACUCCCCGGAGCCGUGGGAGCCCCUGGACGACAGCCAGGACCCCCUGGACACCAGUCGCAUCUCCAUAAACCUCACCCCAAUCAAGAGACAAUUAAACGAAAGUCUCCUCCAGCUGUCCCUCAACGGUUCCCUCCUGGAGGUCCUGGAGGAUCCAGUGGUGACCCAGAGACGAGAGGACAUGAAGUCCUGCCUCCUGCAGAUGGAGAUCGCUGCGAAGACCCUGGGGAAACUCUGCCACCACGAGGGCGACGACGUCAGCGGGGAAGUCAACAAAUCCCUCUCGAUUGUCCAGGAUAUCCUCGCGUCCCUGAAGAAGACACUGACGAAAAAUCAUUCCAAAAAGCCACCACCCCAGGACACUCCUGGGAAAACCGUGCGUUUUGAUGUUCAAUAGUUUCUAAAAGCCAAUGAUCAAAGAUUUUGUUAUUGCUAUAACAAAUUAAUUAAUCCCUCGACUAAAAUAAUUCUAUUGGCAAAAGUCCAUUUUUUUAUCAGUGAAUUGUUUUGGGAGAUUAAAUACCUGACGCUUGUACAGAUUUUUAUAACUUUCAGUAUUUUUAUGUCUUGCCUUUAUUUAAGAUUAAUAAACUUUUUAUUAAGCAAAAGUUAUUAAAAAUUGAGAAAUAAUUCAUAAAUAAUAAAGUGUAUUUUUGUUUCAUCUCGAUAUUUUGAUGUUCAAUCGAAAUUUUUUUGGUUUUCUGGAUUUUCUGAUAAUUAGAAAAAACGAUUUAGAUUCAUUCAAAUCUAAUUUAUAAUUAAACAAAUGGUAUUUUUGUUUUUAUCGUCUUUGAGGGGAUUUUUUUUCAGUUCCGAAUCGAAAUUACGAAUCGAAACAUAAAGGAAACAAAAAAAUUGCCAUAAAUCGUGGCAAUCAAGUUUUUAUCGCCCAGACUUUGUAAAGGAUUAAUCUCCAGUCGUUUUCCUCAAUGUUUUAUUAAUGAACAACAUCUGAAUAUUUCUCAGUAGUCAUAAACAAUCUGUAAUUUGACUCAUAAUUAUUAUCUCAACCAAAAAGACAAAAUCCUUAAUUAUUUUCAAAUGAAAAGUAAAAAUUCCUC